AUGGACCCGGGCUCAAUACUAGCGAUUGCCUCGCUCUCAUUCCAAGUCUUCGGCAGCUGUGUUCAGGGGUUCACGUUACUCUCUCGAGCGCACAAUCUCGGCAAAGACGCCUCCCUGCUCCAGACGAUGUUGAAUCUUGAAGAGUAUCGUUUCAUCCAGUGGGCUAGGGAGGUUGGAUUGAUUGGUGAUGAGGCUGAGGCUGAGAUCGAGGAUGAGGAUGAGGAUGACGAGCAUGGAAUCCGUGACAACGAUACCAAACCUAGCAAUACCAACACUGACGCCAAACCGAACACAAACACCAAUACGACAGACGACAGGACUACUAUUCUUUCUUCUUCAAUCCUUACCAGCAACAACAACAAUCUGAACCGCAGACUAAACCACGCUCUGGCCUCCGAGCUCAUGGCCCAGCUCGAAACCCUACUCACGACAGACCAGCUUCGGAAACGCUAUAACCUGGUUUUAUCUGAGCAUCCCAUGACGAAAACGCUGGAAGAAUCAAACACUCCGAGUCCGACUCGAGGUCAGACACAGGUUCAAGGCGCUAAACUGAACCAGAUAUCUAUACCCACCACCACCACCACCACCAGUCCCGACACUAACACUAGUACCUCGACAGUGUCAGGAACACCCCUCGUGCUCCAAAAACUGGUUUCCGACCGUCUUCGCUACCGGAUCCUGGCGCGCGCCAACCUCGUCCAGACCAAAACCCGCAUCCCUCACCGCCUGUGGUGGGCCGCGGUCGACAAACAGAAAUUCGAAGCCAUGGUUCGCGACGUGCGCACACUGGUCGACGGGCUGUGGGCUCUGCUCGACCCGAUACAGCGGGAAGACUCGUCGGCGCUGCUGAACCAAGUCUUAGCCAAUGUCGUCCGGUUGAGCAGAGAUGUCGGCGAGCUGCGCGGGUUGCAGUCUAGCAUGAUGUCAGCGACAACAGCGACAACAACAACAUCAACAACAUCAACGUCAACGUCGACGUCGACGUCGACAUCGACAUCGACGAGACCAAGAACAAGAACAUGGGACGACAGUGGUCGUGAUUCGGCCGCGGCUGUUGCUAUGGCUGUUGAUUUGAAAGUUGCCAGGAUCGAGAUUGAGGAUCUCGAUCCGGAGACAGAAACGACGAGCAAGAUGAAAGAGAAUGCUGGGAACAGUGAUAACACAUCGCAGGCCUUGUCGUCCUUGACGUUGUCUUCUCCUUCUUUUCCCUCUUACAGGACGAAAAGCCCCACGGUCGCGGCAAUGAUGGUGGAGUUGCCCCCUAUCAAUCGAACUCUACUCACAGACGUGGUCCCGGUCAACUCGUCAUCGUCAUCAUCAUCGUCCUCUUCAUCUCAGGUCGCUAGGGGCAUGUACGACAACAGCCCCGUGUGGCUGGAAUAUAAACAUGUCCCGCGGAGGUUGAAAGGUAAACUACUCUCCCGGGUGAAGGGUUUGGCGUUCCUUCUUUCGAAGACGACAAAUCCGGCGUUCCAUACCCUGCAGUGUAUUGGGUUCUUCGAGGAUGGGGAAUGCUUCGUUUUCGUGUACAAGUAUCCCAGCCGUUACAGUCAGAUCUACAAAGACGGUGAGGGUGAGGGUGAAAGUCGACACGGGGUGGCCGAGACAAGUGCAGAGAGGAGGGCCCCAGAAAUGUAUGGAGAGCCAGAUGGAGAGAGAAUGAUUUCCAAGACGGAUAUCCAGACAACUUCUGCAACUUCGAGCACGAAAGCCGACCACAGUCAUCAUCAACCUCAACCAAAAUCUCUGAAUCAACUAAUCUACGAAAAUAAAACGCUCAAAUCUCCCAGCGUGACCACACGGCUCUCAAUCGCCCUGCGGCUCUGCAGCACAUUACUGACAUUACACACCGCAGGGUGGCUGCACAAGGACUUGCGCUCCGAGAAUGUCAUUUUCUUCUUGGACGACAAGGACCCGACAAUCCCGCAGCCCUACAUCACUGGCUUCUCCUUCUCGCGACAGGAUUCGCCGGCCGAGAUUUCCGAGCAGCCAUCGUCCGAGCCUCAGGCCGAUAUCUACAGACAUCCGCAUGCCCUGGGUGAGCCGUCAACCUCGUUCCAGAAACAUAUGGAUCUUUAUAGUCUUGGGGUCAUCUUGGUCGAGCUGGCCGAGUGGAAGGUGCUCCGACAUAUCAUCAAGGAUUGUGUCAUGAUUCGUAAACACGGAGGCCACAGUGGUGGUGUGUCUCUGAAUGAUAUUGCAAAGGUGCCGAACUAUUUGAUCGACCGUGAAGUCGCGACUGGUCAGAUCAAAUAUCGUAUGGGCGAUGUAUAUGCACAAAUCGUCGAGGUCUGUCUCAAUCAUGGCCUGAGCUCGAUGGAUGCUGCACCGGAUACUGUGCCAGAUCUGCUCCGGAUGGUUCAAAGGUUGGAGAAGUGCCAUAUCUGA